AUGUUAUAUCGUCUUAAUUUUCUUAUGCGCGUAUUACACGCAGGCUACCACUUUCUUAGCGCUGAUAUGGACAGUAUUUGGCUUUCGAAUCCUUUCAAAUAUAUCUCACAUUAUAAAUCAAUUACUAUUCAAGGCCAAACUCACAAGAAAACAAAAUUGAGUGGCGGCUUUGUUCUUGUACAUGCUACAAGAGAAGGCCGUAGAUUUUGGCGCGAAAUCAUUCUUUGCCAGCAACAGAAUCUUGCUCGCAUAAGAGCAGAAAAGGGUAGAAAGCGUAUAAUAAGUGAUUUCACAGAGCAAGAAUGCAUCAACAAUCGACUUCGUACGGUCAAAGUAAAAUUACUGGAUCCUGACCUUUUUCCGGAUGGACGCUCUUUCUUCAAUCAGCAACUGCCACAGCGUCGGGGAAUCGUGCCUGUUGUAAUUCAUGGAAACUGGAUUAUUGGUUUGGAUGCGAAAGUGCAACGAUUUCGGGCGUGGGAUCUUUUGGCCUCCAUGAAUAGCUCAUGUGAAUUAGUGGACAAUGGCAUACCAUAUCAUCGAUCCAAGCAAAAAGCUCCCAUUCGACUUCGUAUUCGUGUUCUCGCUUAUAACCGUCUUCAUAGUCUUCAAAGACUUCUUGAGAGUCUUCAGGCUGCGGAUUACUUAGGUGAUUCUGUUGCACUCGAUAUAUCAAUUGAUCGACCGUCAACACAAGCUACUAAGGAAGAAAAACAAGUCUGGGAAAAAGUUGUUGCAUAUCUUGGCCAUGGCGAUGAAAAUGCGUCGAACUUCCGGUAA